UUCCGCCUUCCUAUUCUCUUCCACCGUCGCUUGACUUUGACUCCUUCAGCCACCUCAAAAGACAAAAGGGAAGCCUUUUUCUUCUUCUCGUCGUCGGCCCCUUUCCAUCCUCCACUUCGAUCUCGGUUUUAAUUCAGAGAAAGAGAAGGCGAGGAUUGAGAACUAAUUAAUAAGACUGAGAAUAUGCAGAUGAAUCUAACGCGACGUUUCUUCCUCCGAGCCGCGCUAUUCGUGCUCCUCGGCGGUUCUUCUGCGGCUGUCCUCUUCGUCUCCGGCGAUGCUAUCCAAGCUCAUGGAUCUACUGGUCGGAAUCUCCUGCAGGCGAAACAGCAUUGCCCAAUCAACUUUCAGUUCAUGAACUACACAAUCAUUACAAGCAAGUGCAAGGGACCCCAAUAUGCUGCCAAUCCCUGCUGUUCAGCCUUCAAGGAAUUUGCUUGCCCUUACGCAGAUCAGCUAAAUGUCCUAACCAAUGACUGUUCUUUUGUCAUGUUCAGCUACAUAAACCAAUAUGGAAAGUACCCGGCUGGUCUUUUUUCGUCUGAAUGCAAAGAUGGUAAGGAAGGGCUUAACUGCACUGCAUAUAUCAGCAAGCCAGAUAACUCUACUUCAAGCUCCUCUGCUCGCAUGUAUGGCAGCUUUCUCCCGUUAGUUAGUGCUGUAUCUGGUUUUGUUAUGGCAAACCUUCUCCAUUGUAUUUGAUGAGAAUCUGAUUAGCACAAUAGGCUAUUUCAAAAA